AUGCAGGAAUGGAGCCGAAGGGUUUUUGGAUCGAUCAAAAGGCAAAUUGCGCACCUCAAAGCUCAGCUGAUGGAAGCAAAAGAGCGGUUUGCUAGGACGGGUUAUCGACAGGAGAUCAAGGAUAUAGAGGACCAGCUCCACGAGCUCUACGAGAGGGAGGAGGUGUACUAUAAACAGCGCUCACAUGUUGAUUGGCUUCAGGACGGAGAUCAGAAUACUAAGUAUUUCCAAAACCGGGCCUCGCACCGGAAGAGAAAGAACACCGUCAAGACGCUACAGCGAGAUGAUGGGACGAAGUGUACAGAUGACGAGGGGAUGAGAGCGAUGGCGGCCCAGUUCUAUGCACAGUUAUUUGCAUCGGAGGGAUCACAGAGUGCGGAAAGGGUGCUGCAACACAUUGAUGCAAUGGUGACUGAGGAGAUGAAUGCAAAACUAUGCGCGCCAUUCACAGAUAAGGAGAUCGAGGUGGCCCUUUUCCAGAUGGGGCCGUCGAAGGCUCCAGGCCUGGACGGGCUCCCGGCCAUGUUCUACCAACGCCACUGGGCAUUGGUUAAGGACGAUGUUUGUGGUGCGGUGCGUGAAUUCCUUGAUGGGACAGCUGCUCCUGAUGACUUUAAUGAUACGGGUUUACCUAGCGGCCAGAGGCGAGUUCGUACCUCGUAUCAAGAUACGGCGAAGUUCUUGGGUGGAGGAGGUGCCGAUUCUGAGUCGGGCGAGGAGGACUCGAUCUCCGUUCCUUCAUCGCCGGAGCAGACGGCCGUCAGUGGAAGCAUUAAGAUAGGCAGCGGAAAAUUUGUUUCGUUGGCUGCACAUUUGUCAACCAAAUACUGUGAGAAGGUGUGGAAUUUGUCAAGAUCACUUGAGCCAGUGGUUGAAGUAACAAAGCUUUCUAGACUGGAGGCUUGGCCUAAGAGCUUUGAGGCAUCAAGGCCCACUGAUGACAACAUUGCGUUGUAUUUAUUGCCCACCGAGAUGAGGCAAGAUGCAGACCUGGAUCAACUUGUUAAAGAAGUCGUGGAGAAUGAUAUGAUCCUACGAGCUAUUGUUGGUGAAGCUGAGAUGCUGAUAUUGCCAUCUAUUCUACUGCCUGAGCAACACCAAACUUUCCAAGGAAAACCCUACCUGUGGGCGGUAUUUAAACGCAGAAUAGUGGAAGAGGAACAACAUGGCAAAGGACGCUGUGCACAGGAGAAAGGAAAACAACAGGCUUCACAUUUCAGUGUGGGAGAAGGGUUAAACAUGGAAGCUGGACUUGAAGCUUCUGAGGAACCGGAGAUGCAAGGCAUGGAGCAGGAACAAAAUCCCAAGUUGGCUGGACCCAACGCGCCGAGUCCUACAACUGAAGCUCCUACCGCGGCUGCAGCUACAAUGUCUGCCAACCACUGUCAAGACCACCCAAACAUGGCUGCUCCUACAGGAGCAUUGUAUGGCUUUGUGGUUCAGCGAACUCCGCGACUCGAGCAACUCAUCCAAGAGAUGCAGCGCGAAGGUGCUGUGAUGGUUGCAAUGCAAGGGCAGAUGAUAGGGCCAGGUCUUGCAUGGGCAGGCAGUAGCAACAGGAUUGAGAGGAGGACGAUAUGGCAUGGAGGCUGUUAUCGUCCAAGUGGCUAGGCAAGGAAGCUGACUUGGACCCGAGCCUUUGUGUGCACCAUCGCCUGUGCGUGUUUGGAGGAACCCCACUCGUAAGGUUCAGUCUUCUGCAACCUGGUAUUCUAGUUAGAGGUUUAGUUUGGUGUUGGCUAAAAUGCAUCUAAAAGUUAUCAUGUCAGCGCAUGUGUUCUCAGAUGCAUUUUGUUCUUCAGUAUAGUUCUGCUUGCAUCUCCUGCCGUGCUGGUGUCGAACAAGCUUUGGCCUAGUUGCUUUUUGCUUGUAGCAUCGAUUUUGUUUUUUCAUUGUAAUCUGUACUCUCAAUCCAUGCGUUCCUGUAACACUGGCACUGCUGCCUUUUGCUCCGUGCUGUUG